AUGUCUCCUCCUCGUCGUGCUCUCAUCGCCAUCACCUCUGCUUCAGCCAGCCUAUUUCAAGGCACGGAAACCACUGGUCUCUUCAUCACCGAGGCUCUUCAUCCAUACAACGUUCUCACUGCUGCGGGCUUUGAAGUCGAUCUUGCGUCUGAGACCGGCACCUACACUCCCGAUUGGCUUUCCCAGCAACCUGACUUUCUCAACGGUGAUGAUCUCGCUACCUGGUCUAACCCCGACAGCGAGUUUCGCAAAAAGCUUGACAACAUGACCAAGGCUUCGGAGCUGGACCCUUCCAAGUACGGGCUCUUUUACGCUUCAGCUGGGCAUGCAGCUUUGAUCGACUAUCCUACUGCAACGUCCCUUCAGCAGAUCGGUGCUCAAGUAUGGGCUAACGGCGGAGUCGUAUCUUCUGUUUGUCAUGGCCCAGCAAUCUUUGCCAAUCUCAUUGAUCCCACGACCAAUGAGCCUCUCAUCAAGGGCAAGAGAAUCACGGGGUUCACCACUGAAGCUGAGAACACGAUGAAGAUCAUGGAAGAAUUGCGAAGCUGGGGCUCUGAGAUGGUCGAAGAAGUUGCAGAUCGUCUUGGUGCAGUCUAUGAACGUGCUCCUGGCAUUUGGGACGACUUCCACGUUGUUGAUGGCCGCCUGGUCACGGGUCAGAACCCUGCUAGUGCUACAUCGACAGCUGAAGCGGCAGUAGCUGUUUUUGAGACGCUAUAG